GCAUCUGCUAGAUUUAAACGUGCUGCUCGGCGCGGUCGUUGCUACUCACUUGGCAUACUGGCUGACCACGGUCACAGCUCUACUCACUCGGUACCAGCUAACAUCAUGUUGGGCCUUCUGCUUAUCCUCUCUCUCACUGAGAGUGUCCAUCUUCAGCAGGUGAAUGGCAAGCUGCGUGAUGGCUCUUGUGUGUGUGAUGUGGAAAGCCUCACGUGGAGUUUCCCCACUGCAAAAUAUGAAAACAUAUCCAAUCUGAUGCAGGACUGUGGGGAUGCUCUUCACAAGCUCCAAACACAGGUUGAGGAGACGGAAGCUACGAUGCCACAACUUCUGGCCACUGUUGAAAAUGUGACCCAGCGCCUGGGCCCGUUCCAGUACCUGAACUCUAACGGCCUGUACAACGCUCUUCACCUGAAUCAGCUCAGCACAGAGCUGGAGCAGCUCCAGCUCGUCGCAGACACCACCCAUAAUGACAACCCAUCUAAAGACACCAUAAAACUCUCCACAGAGAUUGCCCAAGCUAAAGUGAAUGUAGAGAAGAUGUACAAAGACAACGUCUUCAAUCUGGAGACUGUGAAAGAAAACUUGCGCCUACUAAACAACCGUGUGCAAUCCUGUCGCACCAUCCCCACAGAAUUUAGAAGCACCUGUUCUCAGCGCAUCAUGACCAACAUCAGCUCCCCUGUCGUCACCAAGCUCAGCUCUUAUGGGAAGUCUUACAUAGCAGGAGCCUGGGGGCGCGAGGCCAAGCAGGGCAGUGAGGAGCGCUACUGGAUCCAGCCACUCACCAGCGGCCACCGGUCCGGGAACGUCAUGCGGACGUAUAGGACCUUCAGCGACUUCAUGGCAUUCAAGAGCUACCAGGAUGAGUCCAUCGCGCCCUCCUCCAGCCACACCAACGCCAUCCAGGGCCCAGGCACUCUGCUGUAUGGAGAAGCUGUUUUUUACCAGUGCUACAACACAAGGGAGCUUUGUCGCUACGACCUCAGGACCAAGGCUACGUUACGCAAGACGCUCCCCGACGCCGGUUUCAACAACCAGUUCCCCUACUGUUACUACACAUGCUUCGACUGGACCGACGUCAACCUGUCUGCCGAUGAGCGAGGCCUCUGGGUCAUCUACUCUACGCUGGGUAACCACGGCAACCUGGUGUUGAGCCUGCUGGACGCCGACUCGCUCAACGUCACGCACACGUGGAAGACGCAUCUGUUCAAGAAGUCCGUAACCAGCACCUUCAUGGUGUGCGGGGUCCUGUACGCCACACGCUUCGUGGACACGUUCCGGGAGGAGGUGUUCUACGCCUUCGAUACCACCACGGGUCAAGAGGACAACACCUUGGCUCUGCCUUUGGAGAAGGUGGCCGCACGGGUAGCCAAUCUGCAUUACAACCCCGUGGACAGAAGGCUGUACAUGUACAAUGAAGGCUACCUUCUGGCCUACCAAGCUGUCUUCUAAAUCUAUGACCGUUUUGGACCUGUGGUUUCAUGUGCUGGCAAUAAAAGAUGUUUGUGAAUGA